AUGACCAAAAGUCCCUCUCCACCUCUAAACGAGGCAUACCCGGUUGGAGGUCCAUCAUGGGCAGUGAAACUCGGAAGAAGAGAUUCAACAACUGCAAGUCAUACACUUGCAGAAACUGAUCUUCCUGGUCCAUUUGAUCCUCUUAAUAGGCUUAUUUCUAGUUUUGCGAGCAAAGGCCUUAGCACAAUGGAUAUGGUUGCUUUAUCAGGAGCACAUUCAAUAGGCCAAGCACAAUGUUUCCUUUUUCGCGAUAGGAUUUAUGGCAAUGGAACAGACAUUGAUGCUGGAUUUGCUAGCACAAGAAGACGUCAAUGUCCUAAAGAAGACCAAAAUGGAAACCUAGCUCCACUUGAUUUGGUUACACCUAAUCAAUUGGAUAACAAUUAUUUCAAGAACUUGAGGCAAAGAAAAGGUCUUCUUCAAUCAGAUCAAGUCCUUCUUAGUGGUGGAUCUACUGAUGAUAUUGUUUCUGAAUAUAGUAACAGUCCUCGCGCAUUUGCCUCUGAUUUUGCUGCUGCUAUGAUUAGAAUGGGAGAUAUUAGUCCCCUAACUGGUCAAAAUGGGAUCAUAAGAACUGUCUGCGGCUCCCUAAAUUGAUCAUUCAAAAGCCUAUUACAUGUAUUUUGUAUUCAUUUGAUUCUUUAAUUCUCUAUGUAAUGUUUCAA